AUGGGCUUACCGAAAGCGCUCCUUCUAAUAAGGCAGCAGUUUUCAGCAAUGGGCAUGACCCCUUGGCUCAGAAACCAAACACACUCCUCCUCCACUUUGGAUCAAGUACUGGAAAAGAGCAUCGAUGGCGGCAGCUCGAACAGCCAAUCCAUCGCCAGUCCAUCUCGUAGUCAUCAUCCAUGGUCUAUGGGGCUCGCCCGAACACGUCGGCCAUCUGGCCAGCACCCUCGAGAAGAUCUCCGGCCGGACCACCAACAGCACCCCGCUCAGCAUCCUCAUCCCCCGCUCCAUCCAAUGGACCAACACCUACGACGGAAUUGACUAUUGCGCCGAACAUGUCGCACAGGAGAUCGAUCUGAGGAGGGCCGAAUUGGAGUUGGAUGGAAAAGUGCUGACUAAGUUUAGCUGCAUCGGCUAUUCCUUGGGUGGUCUCAUUGCAAGGUUUCUGGUUGGACUACUGCAUUCAAGACAGCCAUCUUUCUUUGAAGAAGUGGAGCCAAUGAACUUCAAUACAUUUGCUUCACCAUGGAUAGGGAUGCCCAAGUACAAGGGGAUCCUAAGCUCGACGAUCCACUUCUUCGGCUCGAGAUUAUUGAGCAGGACGGGCAACCAACUCUAUCUGACCGACAAAUAUCACCAAUUGCCAGCAAGUUCAUCUGCCAAUCCCACCGACAAACCUAGCAAGAAGAAGUUCCCAUUGUUGAGCUUUCUGGCCCAUCCAGAGACCAACUUUUAUAAGGCCUUGGUCAAUUUCAAGGUCGUCAGAAUCUAUGCCAACGCCAUCAACGAUCGCACUGUUCCUUUUGUCACUGGGGCCAUGGAGAAAUUUGAUCUCUUUCAAAUCGCUCACCAAAUCUCAAAAAAGUCUAAGAUCAUGAGCCAAAGUAGCUCGGAUUUAACUGAAUCAGAAGUCUUAGAACUCGGGGGUCUGGAACUUACCCUCAAUCCAGACUGUCCCUCCCUGAUUGAGAAAGUGCAGCUGGUAAAACUCGGACCUCAAUCUGAGAAACGGAAGAGAGCAGAGCCCAUGGAAGGGACCAAGAAGACGAACCAAGAGAAACCAAAAAGAAGUUUACCCAAGCUGCCGUUCUUCCUAAAGCCGUCCACAUAUCCCUACCGGGCGCCACUGAACUAUCUGGCGGCAGGCCUCUCGCCGGUGAUUGCGCCGAUCUUCCUGACCUACAUCUUGUGUUCGUUCUGCUACCAAUCCAUCCAGUCCCGCCAACGGAUCAAGAAGUACAACGUCGGUGAGCUCGAGAACCAUUUCUCCCGGCUCAGACGGGUCGGCCUACUCCAGGAGCUCCGUCAAGACCUAAUCGAGGAUCUCGCCGGGAUCGGAAACGAGCCUUCUCUGGAAGCCGAUCCGGCCGGCGAACAGACCACCCUUCCCAGCACAAACCGGGCCGGCCCAUCUACCCACCCGAACUCCGCGGAAACACAGCAGUUGAUCCAUCUCGAGACUCCAACGUCUGCUCUACAUCCUCCCGACCAACCAAACUCAGUCGAUCAGCCUAGUAAGAGCCAUCCAACCCAGGGCACCCAAUACCUCACUUCUCUAUCCUCCGACGCCAUCAAAUCAAUAACAAACGACCUCGGUCUUUCGCCCCUUCAAAUCGACAUGUUGGAUCGUCUGAAUCAACUACCCAACUUGGCUAAAUACUUCAGCUUCUUAGAUGGCAUCCCCAAUUCUCAUGGGGCGAUAAUUUACCGGGUGGAUGGGCUAAGUGAUCGGCGCGGAAAAAGGAUUGUAUCUCAUUGGGCCGAGCGGUUUGUUUUGUGAUCCCGACUUCAAAUCCGAAUUCCUCGGAAAUCGUCAAUAGGCAUCAAUACAAGGACCCCCUGGAUCAUUGUUUAUGUUUCCUCUUCUUGGCAUCCUUCUCAACUCUCAUAGAAAUAACGGAUCCUAUCCCAGUGCAUGGUCUGCUCGAGAGUCAUAAUUUCAUUUCCCUUGUAUUGUACUAUGUAAAUUUUCAAGGAUUUCUUUUCUUUUUUUUUUUGGUUUCCUCCAGUUUUGGAUCCUGGUGCAAUUGUGUUUUGUUUAUAGGGUAUUUGUAGAGAAAAAUUAGAUUUCAUUUCGGUUUGUAAGAUUCUCUGAUACAUUAGAAUGUAGACAUAUGUAUAUUACAACAUCAAUGAGAACAAUGAAUGAAAACGUUCAAUGUUCAGCUCAAGAAUGUUG